CUGGUCCAGUAUCGCCUCAUGCGGUCAUCGUUAAUGAUGUCCAUAGGGACAUUUUUAGUGUCAGUUACAAGUGUACUUUGUCGGCAUAGUAGAUUACAGGAAACGACCGUCUUCGCUAAGUAGCGUGCAGUACGUAGGCAGCAGUCCAAUGCAUUGCAGUAGAGGCAUAUGACGCAUUGCAGCUUCAACUGAGAACCUGUGUACGCAUUCAAAGGCGUAUGAUGCACUGCAAGUGCCAUUUCUGAUCUGCCAUUUCACCGCUAUGCUCUCUAACGUAGCUGCAAUCUCUUACUAACGCUUGACAGAGGCCUAAAAUUGCAAUAUCGACAAGUACAGAGGCUAGAACAACGUCAAAGGCCAAUUGAAAGCUCAGUUUCUAGCUAAUAACAUUAGUAUGACACGCGCUGAAGAAUUUGAUUACAUACUUACUUCCGCCCAGAAAGGCUGUAGCAGACCAGAUGUAGUGGUGAUGGAAGCGCAUCCGAGGCUGCAAUCCACACUGCGUCUGGGGCGAGGCUACAUGCACGUGCCUAAGAAUGUGCACUUGAACAUUGAGGUUUUAGAGAUACUGUAGCUGAAGUUCUACAGAAGACUAUUACGUACACAAUAUUUGACAGCAGCAAGUCUAUUAAAACUGCAUGGACAGCCAUCACAAACUGACAAACAUCAAUGUGAUCACGGAGCCUACAAUGACUGAAAGCUGAAAUGUAUUUCUUUGUGAUUAUUUUUAGCUACACUUCAAAUAUUAAUGGUGUAGGCUAUUAAAACUGAACAACCAGUGAUUGUCUUGCUUGUGGUGGUUUGGACGUUUAUAUAUUUAUAUCAAUUAAUUAUCUUCAUAAACGUUUUGUUGUUGGAGCAACAAAGGCUAGAGGUUGAUCAUCAGUUGGUGCACACCUUUUGUGUUGAUAUCAACAAUGACACUUGUGAAGUGUGACUUUGAUAUUUAAUUUUGAUUUAAUAUUUGAACUUUGAGCAAAUGCUAAAUACUGGAAUGUUGGUGUGGUGAGUCUAAUAAUUAUGUAAACAAUCAGAUAUUAGCUAUAUGUUUUAAUGGGUAACUUUGGUAGACACGAGUUUGAUUGUUAGGUGUGUAAUGCAUACUAUUGUAUUACGUACUAGCAUUGAUGUCAUGUGUGGAGCAUGUGAAGGUACAUGUGUGUUUCACGUGGAUGGAAGCUGUUGUGGUAAUUCAGUUGAUGCUCAUCUUGCAUUGUGAUUUGUCGAUUACUAAUUGAGACUGCGAACUUCCUGAACUUUUCUGUGUAAUCUCGUUCUCACUGGUUGUGGGUGUCAGUCUAUUGUAUUGAAUUAUCAACAGGUUACUGCGCAUUUCAGCUCUUUGUUCUCUACAAGAUGGCAGCACAUUUUGUUGUGGAAAUUGUGCUGUUAUUUUCAUGGCUUCAAGUGAUCUUUUGUGUUGAGAAAGCAUUGCCAUAUCAAUCAGUUCUUACUGGUCCUCGAGGUCCCCCUGGUCCAGUUGGUCAGAGAGGCUUACCCGGACCACCAGGAAGGAUGAGGGGCUUACCCGGACAACCAGGAAGGAUGGGAGAUCCAGGUCCUGUCGGCCGACCAGGACAGAAUGGGUCAAUUGGGCUGCCAGGUGAAAAGGGCAAGACUGGACGAAAGGGAGAAAAAGGCAUAAUUGGAGUGCAAGGUCCUGUUGGAUUGAAAGGAGAACGAGGUGAUGUAGGAGCAAAAGGCGAAAAAGGAGUAACAGGAGAAGUUGGUCGUAAAGGAGAUCAAGGUAUUCAAGGUCCAGUGAGUCCAAGAGGUUUACGAGGAGUCAGAGGAUACAAAGGAGAGAAAGGUUCACAAGGUUUGGAAGGCAUUCCUGGAUUAACUCCACUUUCUGAAGUAAAGAGGCUUGAAAAUUUGGUGACAAAAUUAUACAAUGAACUGAAGGUUCCCAGGGUUCCAGUCGGUGAUGAAGCUGGUACAUGCAACAUGAGCACAUCAGGUUAUUUGUUCUACCACAAUACUAAUAAAUCUUUGCUGUUUUGUGAUUCUGAGAAGUGGGUUGAGAUGUGGAAACUAUACAUAUCUUGUUCUGUAAUUAAGAUCACCUCUAUUCAGUUUGUGCAGAGAGUCAAAUCUCUCCCACCUGUGAAGGUUUAUUGUGAUUUUUCUGUGAUCUCUAGUGGGUGUGCACUUGUGUGGAAACACUCAUAUUUUCAAGUUGGAAAUCCAACUGAUGACAUGCGUACUUUCAGUUCAGUUGAUCGUCCAUGUACUGAUCUGUCUGAUGGUUGGUGUAAUGUGGGUAACAAGGAUAAUGUUCCUGGUAAUGUUCAAUUGACAGUUGCUUAUCAUGAAGGAGAAGUUGUGUAUGCAUAUCGUGGUGAUCGUAAUUCUGAACUGGGAAAGUCAUGGCGUGGAGCAGUACUCAACAAUCCAGUCAAAAUUACAGAUCAUUGCGAUCAAGGAAAUGGGAUUCCUCCAGAGCCAAAUAUUAUUACAUCUGGAAUACCGGGAUUGACAUUUGACAAACUGAAGCCUGGUGUGUACGACCAAAACUGUGAUACAGAUACGUACAAAACUAUGUAUGACUGUCGUUGGGAGAAUUGUCGAUUACCUUCAUCUAUCUCAUCCAAAACACAGCAUGUACAAAUGACAGUUGCUAUAUUUCUUUGCUGACUUUGCACACAGCACUUUAUGGGGUAGUUGCAUGUUGAUCUUGUUUGCAUUGUAUGAAAUGUAACAUCUAGUAUUGUAAACCUUGGUCUUUCUUGUCAGGACUUCACAGCAUCAUUUGCUUUUGUUGUGUUUCUGAUUUCCAACCAUAAAAGUUUAUUACGUGAAAAUUGCAAAAACAAUUUGGUUUGUAUUGCAUUGUAGCUUACAUUGUAAUAGUAAUAGACUAUUUGAUAGCCAUUUUAUUUGAGCAAGUAGAAUAGAGUUUGAAUAAAGUAUGUAGUGAGGACAAAUAAGUGAUUGCAACCGAACUUUGACCAACUGGCAACUGCUUCCUUCU